GGGGCGGUCCUGCUGCGCGGAGCCGCGGCGGCGGCGGACCCCCCAGGCGGGCUGGGGCUGAGCCGGGGGCCGGGGCGGGGGCUCCGGGGGGACCAUGCCCGGAGGCCGGCUGGCUGCAGCAUGGCUCACGGGCCCGGCGCGCUGAUGCUCAAGUGUGUGGUGGUCGGCGACGGGGCGGUGGGCAAGACGUGCCUACUUAUGAGCUAUGCCAACGACGCCUUCCCGGAGGAGUACGUGCCCACCGUCUUCGACCACUACGCAGUCAGCGUCACCGUAGGGGGCAAGCAGUACCUCCUGGGACUCUAUGACACAGCCGGACAGGAAGACUAUGAUCGUCUGAGGCCUUUAUCUUACCCGAUGACUGAUGUCUUCCUUAUAUGCUUCUCUGUGGUAAAUCCAGCCUCAUUUCAAAAUGUGAAAGAGGAGUGGGUACCAGAACUGAAGGAAUACGCACCAAAUGUACCCUUUUUAUUAAUAGGAACUCAGAUUGAUCUCCGAGAUGACCCCAAAACUUUAGCAAGACUGAAUGAUAUGAAAGAAAAACCUAUAUGUGUGGAACAAGGACAGAAACUAGCAAAAGAGAUAGGAGCGUGCUGCUAUGUGGAAUGUUCAGCUUUAACCCAGAAGGGACUGAAGACUGUUUUUGAUGAGGCUAUCAUAGCCAUUUUGACUCCAAAGAAACACACAGUAAAAAAAAGAAUAGGAUCAAGAUGUAUAAACUGUUGUUUGAUAACGUGAGAAACAUCUUCAGUGGCCAAGGAAACUGCCCAUUUCUAAGAAAGCGUAUGAAAUGCUACAGCUAUACCCAGACCUCCUAUAAACACUGAAGCAGUUUAAAAUUUGAAAGAAAAAAAACAAAGCUUUCCUCAGAAUUCUAUAAAGUUAAGAAUGUUUCUUAAAGGUCCAAGAAGCAGCAAACAGCAUCUGAAGCCACAAUCCAUUAUAAAUACUUUAUUUCAACUAGAAGGUACAAUCUCUCAGGGGUUUCAUAGUUUAAAAAGCUACAAUCACAUCAUGUAACUACAUAAAAAACAGUGCUGUAAAUGGAACUGCCUGGCUUAGACCAUAUACAUUUCUGCACAGUCUUGAUGGAAUCUGCACAAAGAAAUAUCUUCUCCCUUUGUUCCAAUUAAUUGUUCUUGUAUGUAAGUUGCUUUCUAUUGCAGUAUAUCCAGAAUGGUGAAAUAACAAGGCCAGCCACGUAGCCAAAGGUCGCUCCGAGCGUACAGGAGAUGGGCCAUACCUGAGGAGAGAAUGUAUGAGAUCAAAAAAGAACAAAUGUUUUAUUAUUACUUGAGCACAAGUGUAACCUACAUAUUUCUAUAUUAAAGCUUAAUGUGCUUUCUUAAACAAUGCCAAAAGUGUAAUAAGGUCAUAACUGCAUUUAUCAUGAACACUAAAAAUGUACACGUUUUAGUUAAUGUGCAUUUAACUGUAACAAGGCUUCUGGCGACUGUAGAUUUAGUUUGAUGCUCCCCAAACUGCAUGACAGACAUCCUAAAAUUAAAAUUUUGGGUCAGAGUUGACCAUAAUCUUGGACUCAGUUUAGCUCUCUGAACUAGUUGGUAAUUUUGUUUUUGAAUUUCCACAUUGGCUUGUAUAGCAAAUGAAAUGAGAAGUAUGUAUGCUGACCAAACCAUGAGAAAUUUUAAAUUGUGUUAAAGAGAAGACCUCCAAUUCAAGCAUGUUACAUGGAAUUUAUAACAAAGCAACUGCUUCCAUUAUAAAACUGAUGUCACCUUUCAGAUACAGAUGUUGGAACCAUGGCAGAAGUUAUAGAACUACAACUUAAGUCAAAUACCUAGAAUGUAAGUUAAAAUACUUGCUUCCAAAUACCCAUUUUUUCCCCUAGCCACAUUACAUUUCACAGUAUUACAUCAAGCCAGAAGUAAAUGUUGAUUUAUUUCAUCCACAGGCAAUGUAUCUCGGUCCCUAGGUGAAAAGUCCUGCUUUAAAAAUUUUUUUCAUGUUCGACUGUGAAACUUAUUUGGUAUAGUAGAGCCAUUUCUAACCUUUCUCUGGGUGAAUAGGCCACAGAAUUGUGUUAGAGGUGAACCAUCUUAAUUACUGGUUGUUACCUAAUUAAGCUUCCUUGUUUGGUCUCCUGUGAUCUGCCUUAUUCCAAAUGCCAUGCAACAGACAGUAGUGUUAGACAAAGAUUCAGUGUGAACAAACUAGUGCAGUUCAGAGAAACAUUAAUCUAAUUCAUAGAUUCCCGCCCCCAACAGUCUUUCUUACGUUUAAACUCGCUGUUGCCUAAAUUAUGAUUUCUUUAUGCCUUUUGUGAGCUCCUGUUAAUUUCCAUGACUUGAGCUUAUAGCUGUGUCUAUCGCACAGAUUGGGUAAUGGAACACUAAACUUUUAUACUUGAAAAUGACAGCCUUAAAUGCUCAUCAUAUCAGUCACAAAUCUAGGAUGUACAAUCUUGUAUGUGAGCUUUGUAAAGAUUUUUAAAAAUAUAAGCAUCAUCUUCCCUACUGAGGAGUGGAGAGUCUACUGGAUACCUAGUCAGGAGCUUUCUCUCGGAAUCAGAUAGUAGAGUUGUCUUCUAUCUCCCAAGAAGCGGUCGUUCACAUUAAGUACCACGGCCUUAUGUAUAUUCAAAUGGAAUCUUAUGUAACUUUCUCCUUUAAUUUUGGUCUGCUAUUUUUAGAUAGAAUUGAAAGGAAUUGUAUAAAUCAGUUAGUAUAUUAGCUAAGUUGUCCAAUACUUGGUAUAAAGGAAUUAAGACACUAAAGUAUUAUACAUUUUCAACUUGC